AUGACCCAGCCCAUCAAAACUGACACUUGGCUCGUCGAAGGCACAACCGGCUUCAACAGCCUACAUCUUCGUCGCGAAGGUCUCUACCCAUUCCCCAUGACCCUCCCACGAGUGCCGUGCUCUGAUAGCGCAGGCAUCGUCCUCUCCACAGGGCCUCGCGUCGUCCACUUCCGCCGCGGCGACCGCGUCUGCACGCUCUUCAACCAAACGCACCAGUCAAACCCCAUCACGCGCGACUCCAUGAGCUCUGGCCUGGGCGGCACCCUCGACGGCACCCUGCGCAAGUACGCGGUGCUGCCCGAGACAGGCCUCGUCAUGGCGCCCAGCAACCUCAGCCCCAUCGCUGCCAGUACGCUUAGCUGCGCGCCCCUGACGGCCUGGAAUGCGCUGUAUGGCCUGACGCCGCUGAAGCCGGGAGAUGUUGUGCUGACGCAGGGGACGGGUGGGGUGAGUCUUGCGGCCAUCCAGUUUGCGGUGGCGGCUGGGGCGAUGGUGGUGGCCACGACAUCGUCGGAGGAGAAGGCGCUGCGGCUGAAAAAGAUGGGCGUGCAGCAUGUGAUUAAUUAUAAGACGACGCCGGAAUGGGGGGAGGUUGCGCGGUCGUAUACGCGCGGUGGGCGUGGGGUGGAUCAUGUUAUUGAGGUUGGCGGCCCGGGCACGAUGGCGGAGUCGCUAAAGGCUGUGCGGAAGGAAGGGAUUAUUACUGUUAUUGGGUUUCUGGGUGGUACAGGAGGAAAGGGCGAGAAGGAACCGAGUAUUUUGGAUCCGUUGGUGCAUAUUUGUACUGUCAGGGGGAUCUUUGUUGGAUCGCGGCAGCAGAUGGAGGAUAUGGUGCGCGCGAUUCAGACAAACAAUAUCCAGCCGGUGGUAGAUGAGAAGGUGUUUACAUUUGAGAAUGCUAAGGAGGCGUAUCAAUAUCAGUGGGACCAGAAACACUUUGGGAAGGUUGUUAUUAAUGUGCAGGAUGCCUAUGUCAAUGGGAAGGCCAUUCGAGCCGCAAAGACUGCCACAUCUUAUAUUUGA